GCAUUGCAAUUAAUUAAAUGAAUAUGCUUAUUUUACGACUAGGUUGAUGGAAAUCUAGUUUAGGGGAUUCGUUUAUUUGCGCGGCCCUGCUAGCAGCUGCGGACCAUUGUGACGCACCCUAUGUCGCAGAACCCAUAAUGUGACGUAAUAUUGAGGAAAGACAAAAAUAGCGCUCAGUCCAUACAGUUCUCAGAUACGUCUACAUUGCGGACAGGUCGGAAGGGUAAGAUGUACACCUAUCUGCAUAAAGUUCUGAUUCCCAAGGGUCUCAAACCUAUGCUUGAGGGAUUCAGCAGAGCCGUGGUGAGAUGUAAGCCGGACAGCGUCCAACAUUUUGCUGAAAAAUACUUCAAAGCUCUUCUCACCUUCAGAGUUGAGAAUCCAAAUUUAGGUUUUGAUGAGCUUCUGAAGGCAUUCCAACAAUCAAAAUAUCCUCUAUUAAAUCCAAAAGCCUCAAUUCGCCGCCUCGAGUCUAAGGAGGAGUGGGAGGCAGGCCCUCUGCUCUAUGAAGCCAGCGUUGACCACAUAGGACCUGUUUCCAGAUUCCCAGCUGGUGACUCAGGUGAAACAACAAGGGAGAAUGCACAGGAGUUCACCAAGGCCCAGUUUCUCACUUCAGAGAGUGUGGAAGCUCAAAUUGAGAAGAGUGAUCUGGAUGGACUCAUUUCCGCAAAUGUCAUCACCUUGUCACCAGGCCCAAUAUCACCAGAGAUGGCCGCAGAGCUGGCAGUGUUCCGCCGAAAGACCACCCCCAAGAGCUCUCCCCGACAUAGCCAUGGCAGCAGCCUGACCGGGGACUGCAGCCAGCCGGGCUCACAGUGUGGGCGACUUUGCUCAGCCCUGUUUGAGAGAGUGCCCCUGAGUGAUAUUGACAUGGAUAUGGACGCGGUCCUGAUCAAAACAUCCAUACUUCCAAAUGUGUCACAGAUCAUUGUCCAGUCCGAGGAGGUACCGGAGAUUAUUGUGUUUCAAGCUGACAUCAAACUGACUGACAGUGUUCCUGACCCCGAAUGUGCUGUUAUGAAGCACACUACCCCGCCACCAACUUCCCUCACCUAUUGCAGUCCUGACACUGGUGAUGCCGUGAUCGCAAAGAUGUCAGAGUCUCUGGAACUGAUUGCUUCCAAAUGUGUUAUGGAAACCUCUGAGGACCAAACCACUGCUGAAACAAAGAUUGAUUCAGCACCCCAGAGGGGUAGAGGCUCUGCUUCUCUGCGGAGUUCCCGAUCAAACAUUGCUGCAUUUAUUUCCGAGAAGGACCAAGUAACUGCUGAAAUGAAGGAGUCUGCUUCUCAGAAGAGUUCAGUGUCGAACAUGGCUGCAUGUUUUAUAUCCGACAAGGAUCAAGUAACUGCUGAAAUGAAGGAGUCUGCUUCUCAGAAGAGUUCAGUGUCGAACAUGGCUGCAUGUUUUAUUUCCGAGAAGGACCAAGUAACUGCUGAAAUGAAGGAGCCUGCUUCUCAGAAGAGUUCAGUGUUGAACAUGGCUGCAUGUUUUAUAUCCGACAAGGAUCAAGUAACUGCUGAAAUGAAGGAGUCUGCUUCUCAGAAGAGUUCAGUGUCGAACAUGACUGCACUUUCUGCUGCUGAUGAGAACCAAAUAACAAAGGAGGCCACUGCCUAUGAGAGUAGUUUGGAUUCUGCUUCUCAGAAGAGUUCAUUGUCAAAUAUUGUUAUCCCAGCCAGACCUUCAGUGUGUGAUGAGACUUCUGCAGCAGAGAUACAAACUGUCUGUGAAUCAAAGGAGGUGGCUACGUUUCAGGAGAACCAAGUGCCAGAAGUCGCAGCUCCAGAUAUGUCUGUUCUUGACAUUAAAGUCUCUGCAACAGAUAUGGCCGCCACCACUCUGACUGAACCCCCUGCAGCUGUUGACACGUCAACCUCUGAUGGGACCCCUGAAACACAGACACCCCUGCAAUCCCAGGAGAAUGUGAUCUCAGGCCUUACUGUUCCGGACGUGCUGGAGACAAAUACAAAGGUACCCUCCCCUUGCCACGAGUUUGCACCUGCUUUGGCUGAAGGUAAAACCAGCGUGAGCUUUGUGAGCUCAUCUGCUGGGGCUAUAAAGGAAGCCAAGGCUCCAGUGCUUGUAGAUGUCCCCAGUUCAGCUAGAGUGGAGAUGGAGCUGUUUGGGCCAGAAGCAGUCCAGAUCACACAGGCGAACAGCGUUUCAUCACUGGAAGUUCGCGCACCCUAUUUGGUGUAUCUUCCUCUUCAACCAGUGGAGGUGCUGAUGUCUGGCAUGAUUCCCCAGGCCUGUGCCGAAGGCGAGGAAGUCAAAGCUUCCUCAUAUGUCUGCAUCCCUGUGGCCACCGGGGAGUUGUCUCACAAUCCCAGCUUUGUAGCAGCUAUGACCCCUCAGUUGUCGAGAACAGGAAGCUUUGCUGGCAUAUUUAAUACAUUCCCUGAGACCCAGAAGACCCAGAAUUCCACAGAGCCUUCUAGGCCUGCCUCGCAGGGGCACAUGGGCUUUUCUAAGGCGCGGCGUCCCUGCACUCAAUCCCCGGCUGGAGUUUCCAUGACAGGAGAAGGAACUGGACUUGCAGCUCACACCUCUGCAUCUUUAAAGCAGCAAGCAGCGGCAGCCGUCACAAAUAAUGGACAACUGCCUAACAUCACCUGUUGCAGUUAUGGGAAAUUGCCGAGUAGGCCUUCUGAGCCAGUGGUAGCCAGUGCCUGUCCAUGUGUAGGGCCAGCCGGCCACUGGAGGCUGUGUCACCUGACUCAUCCCGGUGCUCAGAGCGGGGUUCAACCUCCCUGCCACUACCAGGCCUCAGCUUACACGUCGCAAUGUGGCCUGGAGCAGAAAGCCAAGAUCCCCAUGUACCUGGACUGUGGCUUGUACUGUAGCUGCCACCACAUGCCUUCCGCCAGGUCAUCCGGGAGUAGCAUGCGCCCUCACCACAUGCCAGAGACCACAUGCUCUGGCCACAACCUGGGCCCCCUCAUCUCCCAUCAGUGCUGCUCAUCCAAGCACGUCUGCGGCCAACACGUGCUGCCCGACACUGACCGCAGGUGCCCCCACUUCUGGCAGGCCAUGUCCAUACCGCUGCGGCCACACCACAGCUCGUCCGCGAUGUGCGACCACCAGGAGGGGCAGAGUUGCGGCGGGGCCAACAGGAGCGCCUGUGGGCUGACCAGUGCCACCACCAUGCCUAGCUGUUCACAUCAGAGUGCCGCCACCAUGCCUAGCUGUUCACAUCAGAGUGCCACCACCAUGCCCAGCUGUUCACAUCAGUGUGCAGCCACAGAGGCCUGCCAUGGUAUGUCUGAUAAUAUCAGGAUCAAAGAAUGUGAUGGAGCUCUAUUCUCUAAGGGCUUUGAAUUGACAUGUUUCUGCUUUGUAGUGACGGACUACGGGGCCAAUUUCAACCUCUAGGCACUUUAGGACCAACUCCCAGCAAUUGAUGGUACAUGCGUUUUUGAAUGUCUUAUGAUUACAAGAUUUGUUUAUGUGACUGCUGAUGUAUUGUCUUUCGUUGUCAUCAUUAAUGUGUUCUAUGCCUUACCUCCAGGUCUACUUGGAAGCUGUCACAUUCUUGGACAUUUUUUUUUUUAAUUUUGAAAGCAACUUUGCAAAAUAAAAAAAUCAGCAUUAA